UCCAGGAUGCCAGGGGUGUGGAGGUUGCUACGUAUGCUGAUCUAUAUGGUGGUUGGCUUUAAGAGCGUCGGUAGCAACGGCGAUAUUUGGCCACUGGAGAGGCCAGAGGGAAUGCCAGCCAUACAAUCUCUCGAAGUGAUGUGCGGAAAGGAUCACAUGGAUGUGCAUCUCUCGUUUUCCCAACCCUUUGAAGGGAUAGUCUCGUCCAAGGGUCAACACGCUGAUCCGCGAUGCGUCUACGUUCCACCGUCUACCGGACAAACCUUCUUCUCAUUUCGGAUAGCCUACGCGAGAUGCGGCACCAAACCGGACAUGCAUGGACAAUUCUACGAGAAUACCGUUGUCGUGCAGUACGACAAGGAUUUACUAGAAGUCUGGGACGAGGCGAAACGAUUACGAUGCGAAUGGUUCAACGAUUACGAAAAGACUGCCUCGAAACCGCCAAUGGUGAUCGCGGAUCUGGACGUUAUACAGUUAGACUUUCGAGGCGACAACGUGGACUGUUGGAUGGAAAUUCAACACGGCAAGGGACCGUGGGCACCUCCGGUUUCCGGGAUAGUACCACUCGGAUCCACCCUCACACUGGUCGUCGCCAUAAACGAUUAUCGAGGAGAAUUCGACAUGCGCGUGAAAUCAUGCGUGGCAUCGGACGGCGGAGGACACACGAUACAACUGAGCGACGAGUUCGGAUGCGUACUCAGGCCGAAGAUGAUCAGCCGAUUCCUGAAGGCGCGAGGCUCCGACGACCGGGCAACAGUCAUCACUUACGCCUUCUUCCACGCGUUCAAGUUCCCGGACGCGUUGAGCGUGCACAUCAAGUGCAAGGUUGAGAUCUGUCGUCACGGGUGUUUGGAUCACUGUCAACUCAGUGGAUCUGUCGGCCACUACAUUCAAGAGCGAAAGGAUCAGAUACGACCGCAGUACCCGCAGACCACAGCACCGCCCAUAAUUCACAACAACGACGACAAUAACAGCGCCGACAAGAAUAACGAAAACGUGGGAGGACCUGAUCAAGCUGACGCUUCCAUGUACGAUGAUAUCAUUCAAGAUGGUGAUGAGAUGACCUCGAUAGGAGGUCAUUUCUUGGGGGUCGAGAAGUCAGUUCCCAAGGCUCAAGCGCAGACGAGUAACCGGCUACCGGCGCCAGUAGUCGAGACACCGAACGAGGAAGCUCAACAGGAGGAUGGCGAUCUUUCGAGACCGUUCUUAGAACCACCGAGAGUGACGCGAUACGAGGUCGACCAAGAUCAAUUCCCGCACGGACCACGGAACCUCGAGGGGGACAGUGCCGCGAUACCGGUAACACCUCUCUCGUCUCCGAACGGUCGACGAAAAAGAUCGGUCGUGGUGUCCGAUAGGAAAAUCCGUAGCGCGGACGUAGGUGUUAGCGGUUUGUACGAGGUGAUCUCCGAGGCUGAUCUAGCCUUUAGCCCGGACACUCACGCGGAAGCGGUAACCGUUUUCCAAGGUAGAAUACGGGAGGAAGUGGUUUAUGGUAUCUGCCUGCCAAUGCCCGGUUUCAGCGCGUUGUUCAUCGUGGUGGCGCUUUCCGCGGUCGUUUCCGCUCUUGUCGCCGGCGCGAUGCUGCAUCGGCUGCAAGCGCAACGCGAGGCUGCCGACAGCAGAAAGAACAAUAGAGCAGUGCACUCGACCAACGGUUGGCUACCCUACGGUUUACUCCGCGUACGUUGCACAGCAAGACCAGCUCAUCCUGAACAAAUUCAACAAAAACAAACGAAUCCAGUCGCCACGAGUCCCGCGGUCGAGAGAGGUUGACGCGAUUCCUGGACUUUUACGCUCCGAUAGUGGCACGCGACUGUGUCUACGCUGACCACGAAAGACAAUGUGCAAUAAUACGCUGUACAAAGUAUUUUAAAUGCGUUCAAUCACGCGCGACAAUAUUUCGUUGACGAAUUAUGUCACGUUAAUUACGCGACACGAUCGUCUUUACCGUCGACAGACGACUUCUUUUAGGGGGGGAACGUAAGAUGUAGCUUACUUGGAGUGUUAAUUUUGGAAAAAAGUAAAAGUGGUGCUGAACUGAGAAAAGAUAGAUGUUAAAUGUAUUGUCCUACAGUGAAUCUUUUAUUUUAAAGCAUACCAGUGCCACCCUUUCACUACCAUAAUCUAUAAAAAUGAUAACAUUUCUAUCUCCCCUACCCCUUGAAAUUAGAGCUUCACUUUGCUGGCGGCAAUAUAACGAGAGUCUAUUGUUGCAAUACCGUUUAACAUCUAUUGCUUCCUAACAGACCAGUCCACUUUCAACACCCUCAAUUCACUCUCCAGGUAAAUUAU